UCAAGGUGUUGCACGGCCAAAUCAAGCUCCUCACGUAAUGGGUCUCAGACAGUGUUGCCAAAUACUCAGGGAGAUGGUGAGUCUAUAUCAUCUGAGCCACUCAGGGACUUUUUUGGGAUUACUGAGGACAGUCUCCUCACUGGUGUCCAGGAUUCCUUCAAAGAGUCGCUGAACAAUGUCCUCUGUAUCCAAAGAGAGGACCAGGUAGACACUCAAAGUCUAUCCCGGUUUAUUGUUGGAGAAGUGUCAAAGAAGGUCAAUUCCAUAAUCUCUGUGGCCAUCCAAACUCCCGUCUCUGGGCGAAUGUCCCCUGUUAUUUUUGCCAGUGGUGGUGUCUCCAGAACCAAGGUUGUCGAGGAGAUGGUGUCUGGCGUUUCCAACAUACUUCAGAUGUAUAUUAAUGGGAAGAGUGUUGAGCAGAUUGUUGUUCUCAGAGAGGAUGGUGUUGAGGUGGAUAUGACACAUUUAACAGGACAGGUCAUGACAGCCCUCAGUGGCACUGUUUUGAACUUCAGCAAUAAGGAAGAAAAUGACCCCGACAAGAGGGAACUGCUUUGUGUUGUUGCUGACCAUAUGAAGAUGCUUGAAGCUUGUAAAAGUCCAGAGGAGAUGCUAAAACAAGGAGAGAGCAACCUCAAUAUCAAAGGUGCCAAAUCUAGUCUUCGUCUGUCAACACAAAGUAUGGAUAGACUACUCACUGAGGAGUUUCAGACCAAGGCCACUGAAUCGAUCCGGGAGAUUGUUAAAAGAUUCAGGGGUUGUACAUCAUGUUGUUCUGGCACUACAUCAUCUUGUCCAACUCCUCGGAUAGGUGAGAUCAGUGACCUUAUGAUUGACCCUGAGGCCUCUGAGUUGGUAAGUACCUUUGUUUCAGACAUGGACAAUCUUACCCAGUCUAUCAGGGCAUCCUGCUCUCCUGCACAGAGUGAGCAGAUCCUUCUUGAAAACCAUCAGAGUAAGAUCUGGUCUUACACUGUUGGCUGUUACUACGACAUGAAAAAUACGCUGAAGAGGAUUCUUACCUGUCCAGAAAAAGGGUAUCUCGCAAGUACAUUUGUGGAGAGCACAAAAGAUUAUUUCACAAUCGUUCCAACUUUGUGCCUAGACAUCGGUCAUUCCAGUAAUGGUGAGGCUGACACAUCGGACUCCAUUUCUUGUAAACCACUUUUAAUAACCCCCUCAUCUAUGAAUGAACAAAAAGGACAAAGUGAGACCCCAAAACCUCUCUUGGCUCUCAAAAAGUAUUUGCAAGACCAAGUCCUCCUUGACACCACAAAAGCGAUUGCCAGCCAGGUUCUUGUCUUGUAUAAGACUGAGGUGAUGGAGAAGUUCUCAUCUUCUGUUGGAGAGUGUGAUUCUGAAGAGUCUCUGGAGGCCAUUCUAUUUGUGGAUGGCAUCAUGUCUGACUUGAAUGAUUUCACCAGUUCGUGUUCCCCCUCACCAUCUGAGUUGUUAGACAGUGAACAAUGUCUCUCCCAUCUCACUUUUCCACUUGGUCUGCAGGACAGCACCACCAACAGUGAAUCUACCCUGAGUCUUCCAAUUAUAAAUAUGAAGAAACUCUCCAGUGUGUCUUUCCAGACAAAGGCUAGAAAGGCAGUGAGCGAAGCUCUGAGAUCUGUCAACCCCUUUACAAACAGCUUACUGGGAGACUCUGAAGCAUCUAAAUUGCUGGACACUUUUGUAACAGAUGUGGAGACUAUUGUUCAGUCCAUGCAGGCACAUCACUCUGAAAAUUUCAGAAUUUCAAAAGUGAGCACCCUUCAUGCUGCUCGUAUUAUAUAUCAUAGAUUUCGAGAAAUGCUGAGGCGUUUUCUCACUCCCUGCCAAGACUCUGUAAAGGUCAUCGAUGGUGUUACACCAAUACAUGAUGAGACUCUCAAACAGGCUCCUAGUGAAAGUUUAGAUUCUCAGGUGACUUGUAAUAGGGAUUCUCUUGAAAUCCAAGCGGACCUUCAAACCUGUACCAAGGAGGUCAUUAGUCAGAUCCUCACUGUGUAUCACUCUGCGGAAUCCAUGGAGGAAUGCCUCUCUAGCCUAAAAGGAGAUACAGAAGACCUGUCCAAGCUUUUGGAUGCCGUUGUUUCUCAGAUUGACGUCCUUGCCGCCUCCAAAUCAUAUUUAUCUGUUGAUGACUAUGCUGUCAAUACACAGGACAAUUUGCAUGGUGAGAUCAACAAUGAUGAGGAGGAGGCAUCCUCUAGAAGUCUUAAAUCCACAGCCUUUGACAAACUAUGUACUGAGGAGUUUCAAACUAAAGCCUCACAUAUGGCUGGUGGGAUCCUUCAAUCAGGGUUAAUUGGCAUUGUAAAUACCAGCCUUGAUGGUAGAAGUGCAGACAUUUGUGCAGAGUCCAGUAACGAUGGUGAUGAUAGAGAUGUCAAAAUCCUUCAGAAGAGUGGAACUCCACCUUUGUUCACCUCUUCUCUGCACACCAAUUCUGCAGCAUCCAACAUCAUCAUAAGCAUCACUAAAGACCUUAAUAGCUUCCCCCAGAUCACUAAAAUGUCUGAUGCUUCAGUGUCUGGCCAGUUAGAGAGAUCCCUGUCAGCUUCAACCCUUCCUGUCAGUGUUCAGAACGGGGCCAAUGUGAAAGGAAAGAUCAUUUGGUCAGGCACUGUAAACCUGUUCAACAAUGUGUUCAUCAAGGUCAAGGAUUUUUUUUGCCCAGCAACAACCGGUCCUCCUAGACAAUGUGGUUGAGGCCCCCAAACA